CUUUGGGGGAGCCUGGAGCAGCCAAGAGCUCAGCCUGCCUCCACCAUGGAGCAAGCAAACUUCUUGCUGAUUUUUCUCCUCCUCCUUGGGGAACAGCUGAGACCCUCACCGGCUUGCCAGCUGCCCACCGACUGGAGGCCACUCAGCGAAGGCUGCCGGGCAGAGCUGGCAGCCACCAUUGUCUACGCCAAAGUCUUAGCUCUGCACCAGGACAUGUACUACAGCAUGUACAACUCUUUGCCCUGGCACUACGACGGCGCCAUGGAGGGAGGGCUCUUUUACUCCGCCGAGAUUGAGAUGCUGUGCGACCAAGCUUGGGGGAGCAUGUUGGAGGUGCCAGCGGGGUCUCGCUUCAACCUCACUGGGUUGGGCUACUUCUCCUGCCAUUCCCACACUGUCAUGCAGGAUUAUUCUUACUUCUUCUUCCUCAGAAUGGAUGAGAAUUACAACCUUCUUCCCCACGGGGUCAAUUUCCAGGAUGCGAUAUUUCCGGACACGCAGGAAAACCGGCAGAUCUUCUCAAACCUUUUCCAAUUUUCCAACUGCAGUCAAGGGCUCCAUGCUCUCAUGUUCUCCAGCGACUGGGAGACCCAAGAGGACCACAGGCUCAUGUGCUCCUCCCUCCAGAAGGCAUUGUUCGAUGAGGAGGACCACGUGAAGAAACUCCAGCAGAAAGUGGCCACCUUGGAGAAACGCAACAAGCAUCUACAAGACCGAGUGAAGAAGGUCAAAAGGUUGCUGAGGCAAACCAGGAAGAGCAGUCGGCACAUGGAGCUGGUCAACCAGAAGCUCAACGAGAAACUGUCCUCUACUGGGGCUCAGUUCCCCUACGCGAACUCCUUAAAGCAAGCCAAUUCCCGGGCCACAUACCUGAAAGUGUAAGAGCAAAUCUGGCGCUUCAAAGCUACAGUCUUUGUUCUGACCAAGGCUUCCGAGACC